CCUGGAGCACACACACAGCUUAUCACCUGAAAAGUGCAGAUAUUAGUCUUUGUAUUUCUCCAGCCUGCUUUCAUUUUCUAUCCUAGCCUGCGAAAGAGAAUCAUCUUUAUUGGAAGCUUCACUGGAGCAUGAUGAACUUUAGUUUUUUUGUCUGGCAGCGUUUUUAGAAGGCAGAAGUAGUACUUCACCGCUUGGUGAGGAGAACAAACAGAGCCGGAAACAGAAUAUUCAGACACCUCUGAUAAGACUCGGCUGUGCAGGCUGCUGCAGACAUGGGUGAAGAGACUCCACUGCUCAACAGACCAACAUCAUCUGAAUCCAGGAUCAAUAACUCCAGACUGUACCUGGCCGUCUUCGCAGCCGUCCUGGGGAACUUCAGCUUUGGUUACUCUCUGGUCUACUCGUCCCCGGUCCUGCCGAAGCUCAAGAGCCCUGAUGCUGACCCUCGGCUCAGGAUGGACACGGAGCAGGCGGCCUGGUUCGGCUCCAUCUACACACUGGGUGCAGCGGCCGGAGGGCUGGGGGCCAUGCUGCUCAACGACUUGAUCGGACGGAAGCUGAGCAUCAUGAUGUCAGCAGUGCCUUCGACGAUAGGAUACAUGCUGAUGGGAGGGGCUUUCCACUUGUGGAUGCUUCACACGGGCCGUUUCCUCACAGGUGUUGCUGGUGGGAUGACCGCAGCAUCCAUCCCUGUUUACAUCUCAGAGAUCUCCCACAAGGCAGUGAGAGGAGCGUUGGGCUCCUGUCCUCAGAUCACUGCUGUGUUUGGGGCACUGGCGCUCUACGCCAUGGGUCUGGUGAUACCUUGGCGGUGGCUGGCAGUGGCGGGGGAGGUGCCAGCUUUGCUGAUGGUUGUGCUGCUAGCGUUCAUGCCCAGGUCCCCCAGGAGGCUCCUCGUUCUGGGCCAAGAACAAAAGGCUGAGAGGGUCAUCCGCUGGCUGAGGGGAAAACACUACGACACACAGUCUGAGCUCAGUGCCAUAAAGCACAGCAUCAACACACAGGGUAAAGUCACAUGGUCAGAGCUGGCCACACCCAAUUACUACCGGCCAAUCUUCAUCUCAGUGAUGAUGCGUUUCCUGCAGCAGAUGACGGGCAUCACGCCCAUCUUGGUGUACCUGGAGCCCAUCUUUUCCAAAAGCAAAGUUCCCCUCGAGGCCAGGUAUGAUGCUGCCAUUGUGGGUGCAGUCCGCCUCUUUUCUGUUGCCGUGGCAGCCUGUUUAAUGGACAAGGCAGGACGGAAAGCCCUGCUUUACACAUCCAGCAUGCUGAUGUUCCUGUCCAUGCUGACUCUGACCAUCAACUCACAUACCACGCCUUGCCCUCCAGGCCCUGCCCCUCCUAAUGUCACUGUGGGUUUGGACUACACUUUGGCUGCUAGCCACCAAUCUGCGGCAAGUCUCAUUCCUCUCAUCAGCACCAUGGUGUUUAUAUUUGGAUACGCCAUGGGAUGGGGCCCAAUCACAUGGCUGCUGAUGUCUGAGGUGCUGCCGCUGGUUGCCCGGGGCGUCGCCUCAGGUCUGUGUGUGACUGUCAGCUGGUUGACGGCCUUCAUGCUCACGCACGCCUUCGCACACCUGGAGGACAAGUACGGCCUGUAUGUGCCCUACCUGAUUUUUACAGUGGUGUGUGUGCUCUGUCUGCUGUUCAACGCCGUGUGCAUCCCUGAGACUAGGGGCCGCUCACUGGAGGAAAUAGAGAACUAUUUUAGGACUGGACGUACGUUCACCAUCAACCGGAGUCAGUCCACCACACAGUCAAGCUGAAGCCUGAAGAUCCCUUGAGUUAUUCCAAUGAUGAACCUCAACAACGGGGAUACUGCAAAGUGAUUUUUGAUUGAUUUUUGAUUUUCAAUAACAACCAGGGUGUGUGUUGCACAAAGCCUGAGAAAAGGACUACUAGAAUAAUAAGAGAGCACAAAUGGAUCCAUUAAUCAAAGAUCACUGCGGCUGAUCACAACCAGUCUAGACCAAAUUCCAAGCAUGGGAAUGCAUGCUGCAGCACAGGUUUUAGAUGAUACACAGCCAGAAAUCUUUGAUCUAUGUUGUUUAUGACUGAACUUUUAAUGGUAUUACCUUUGUCUGUAGGCCACAGCACAACAAAGUAGGAGAUAACAACAUAAAGCACAGUUAAUAGCCUUGAAUUGCCAUUGCCAAAGAAACAGUUAACUGCAUACCCUGCCUACUUACUUAUGGAAGAAGCACAAACAUCAAGAAAAAAUGAUCGAACCAACAUAUUCUGCAAGUCUACAGAAGUGGGCAGGCAAACUGCUGCACUUAUGAAAUGCUCCAUGCGUGGUAUGAUGCAGUGAGGCUAAUGGAACAAAACAGGGUCCUUACAGUCAAGAUGGCAGCGAAGGUAACAGAAACACUGGGAUUUAUUCACCUUGUAUCGUGCCUAACUUUAGUGGAUCUUAACAUAUCGGAUAUGGAAUUAAUCUGCAGAUGAGUGAUUUCCAGAAAGCUUGCAGCCCUUACUGCCUGGUAAAAAGGAGUGAGCAGUCAGCAGUUAAUGACGGUAAUGACAGUCAGUAAAACAGGUUUUUCAACAACUGUAAAUCACUGCUAACACAAGAGGUGCUUGACUAUAGAGUCAUCAAUGUGAACACAACAUAUUAGGGUGAUAGGCAGGGGCGUGUAUAUAGACAGUGCAGGCAGUGCAGCUGCAGUAGCAUUCAGAGUGUCACCCUGAACUAUACCUGUGUUCAAAGAAAAUCUUACAUGAAAUUAAAAACUGAUGCCAUUUGCUAUAAGCUAUAUGCCCUCAACCUAUCUCCGUCAUGAUUUCGUCAUGGGGCCCGUGGUAACUACCUUACGCAACUUGGUGAUAGGUCCAGUAGUUUGCAAGAUUAGCUGUGGACAGACAGGAAGGAAAGAUCCUUGUAGGGCUCAGACAUAGAAUUGAUCAAAUUCAAAAUUAAUUGUCUUGACAAUGGCGUCACAUGAUGUGGGAAAUUUAAACUGUCAUCAUACGGUUUGAGUAGCGUUUCAAUCAUUAUAUUUCAGUGUUUAUGUUGUUUGCUGUUUUUAUUGUCACUGCCAUACAGACACAUUUUUGGCAUGAAUUUAAGACCAGGGGCCAGUUGCACAAAACACCUUAAGCUAAAGUUUUCCUCAGAGUUCAAGUUAAGGUUUCCCCAAAAUAAAAUCGGUUGCACAAAACACCCUUAAGCCUUCUCCUUAGCUUUUUCCUUUAAAUAUUCACUUAAGUAUUUAUGGUCUUCUCCUUGUCUUCAUCUUAUACUUAAAGAAACCCUAGACUGUUGCACAAAAGACCUUAGCAACCAAAGCAAGGUAAAACAAAACUUAAGGGACCUCUGACUCUAUCUUAACUGCAACGUGACCGAGGCUAUGGUGAUGAGUGAAAAAAACUAACAUACCUCGAGAAAAGUGUUCUACACCCAGGAGAACUUGAUGGAUACACUUUAGAUUUGACUCCUACAAUCGUUUUGUUUUUGGGGAUCAAAUGUACUUUGUACUGUAGUAUGAGCUUUCAAUGACCGUAUUCCUCCAGAAGUUUGAUCUUUACCUCCUCUGGCCAAUAUGGUUUUCUUGUUUUCUCUUUUUCUUCUGCCAUUUUUCCACUCUCUAACUUCAACUUUGUGAGACAAUAACAGGCGUCACAAGCAUGAGUCCAAGCAAACAAACAAUGUCCAUGGAAACUUUUACUGCUGUAAAAUCUCUUUCAACUCAGUAAAUAAGUUAACAUUUUUCCUUAACUAAGGAAACCUUUUAAAGGAAUUCUGUGCAACUGUGUAAAUCCCUCAGCUAAGAAGAAAUUAAGCCUUAAGUGUCAUGCUUAAGGAGAAAACUAAAGGUGUUUUGUGCAACUGGUCCCAGGUCUAUGCUAGCCUAAUUUAGGAUUCUUAAUAUGGGGAAUCCCGUAGUUAGGGUAAUUCUGUAAUGGCUAACUAUCUCAGGAUUUUCCUAGAUGCAGUUUAGGAUGUUGUAACACUGUAAUACCAAAGCUGUUUCUGUCAUACCAAAUAAUCCUAAAUAUCAUCCUAAACUGAGAUUUGAGACUUGUUUCUGUAAUGAGGUCACUCCUCACUCUUUGUACAGCUAAGCAAUAAUCAUGUUACAAUCAUAACAUAUAUAUGUACAUAUAUAUGUGUAUAAAUGCACUUGUUUUCUUCGUCUCUAACUGAUGUCACACAACAUGUAUUUAGCCUAUAGUCAGACUAGUUACAUUUGUUACUUAAACACAGUUACUGUAUUCUUAAAUCAGUAACAUGCACUGAAUGCUAUGUACAGCCUUGAACUGUUUUUUUAAUUUCCUGUUUAGCUCUUUUGAUCUGUUACAAAUAAAUUUUUAUCAUUAAAGACCUCGUUCAACCACCA